CAUAGUCCAAAACCCCUCUCUUUUGGCAAAUUACAAUCCCAGUCCUCCUCCCUCACAUUUUCCCUCCCUUCUUCCUUCUUCUCCCCUGCAGCUAUGGCCGUUUGGGUUUAAGCUUUCUUUUUCUCUCCUUCUUCCUUCCUGUCCUUCAAUGGGAUUUGACUUCUUUCAGCCUAGCCCUUAUCUUUCUCCUCUCACAAAAACUGUUUCUUCUUCUUCUUCUUCUUAAACUUAGACAUUCCUCUCUCUUUCUCUCUCUGCCUCACACCUAAAAAUGGAGCUUGGGAAGAAGCUACUGGGAUUCGCCAUUUUCAUGAUCUUCUCCUUCUUCACUUCUUUCGCCUCUUCCGUUGCGAGCCCAGACGCAGAAAUCCUCUUGUCGUUCAAAGGGUCACUUCAAAACCCCAUCUUUCUGUCCUCCUGGAACGAUUCAGUUCCUCACUGCAGCUGGGUCGGCGUGAGCUGCCAACUCGGCCGGGUCACGUCGCUCGCACUCGCUUCCACUUCUCUCAGAGGUCAAAUUCCGGCUUCCGUUUUCUCUCUCUCAACUCUCGUCUUCCUCGACCUUUCUUCCAACGCUCUGGUCGGCGAAAUUCCUCCCCAAAUCGGCCAGCUGAAGCGCCUGCGACAGCUGUCACUGUCUCAAAACCAGCUGUCCGGCGAAAUACCGGGCGAAAUCGGCGGGUUGACUCACCUGCGGUCACUGAAACUCGGACUCAACUCCCUCACUGGCGAAAUUCCGGCGGGAAUCGGGAGUUUGACCAGAUUGGACACUCUGGACCUUUCCGGCAACGGACUCUCCGGAGCGUUGCCUGUUGAGCUCGGAGAGUUGACGCAGCUGCAGUUUUUGGACCUGGGGAACAACCGUUUCUCCGGCCAACUUCCCGGCGCUCUGUUCACAAAGCUGCAGUCUUUGACGUCACUGGAUAUCUCCAACAACUCCUUCUCCGGCUCAAUCCCGCCUGAAAUCGGUAACCUCACAUCUCUGGUUGAUCUCUACAUCGGCACCAACUCGUUUUCCGGUCAGCUCCCGCCAGAAAUCGGCGCCCUUUCUCGGUUGGAGAAUUUCAUCGCGCCUUCUUGCUCAAUCGCCGGCCCGUUGCCGGACGAAAUCGCCGGGAUGAGCUCACUCAGCAAGCUUGAUCUUUCUUACAACUCGUUGGGCUGCAGAAUUCCAAACUCAAUCGGGCAAUUGAAGAACUUGACCAUGAUGAACUUGGUCUACGCCGAGCUCAACGGUUCCAUCCCCGCAGAGCUAGGAAGCUGCCGGAAUUUAAAGAUGCUAACUCUCUCCUUCAAUUCCCUUUCUGGCUCUCUCCCGGAGGAACUCUCCGGCUUGCCACUGCUCACUUUUUCUGCCGAGAAGAACGAGUUCACCGGUCCAUUGCCUUCCUGGAUUGGCAAAUGGACACAAGUGGAGUCCCUUUUGCUUUCCGGCAACAAAUUCGAAGGCAGGAUUCCCACCGAGAUCGGCAAUUGUUCUUCGCUGCAGCAUAUCAGCCUCAGCGACAACUUAUUGAGCGGUGAGAUACCCAGGGAGAUCUGCAAUGCUGUGUCCCUCCAGGAAAUUGAUCUCAAUGGCAACUUCCUGUCAGGUAAUAUAGAUGAAGUGUUUUUGCAAUGCAGCAAUUUGACCCAAUUGGUUCUGGAUGAUAACCGGCUCGGUGGGUGCAUCCCGGGUUACUUAACUAACCUUCCGUUGAUGGUGAUCGAUCUCGAUUCGAACAAUUUCUCUGGUUCAAUUCCUGUGAGCCUCUGGAGUUCAGAGACAUUGAUGGAGUUUUCAGCUGGGAAUAACCAAUUGGAGGGUAUUCUGCCAAGAGAGAUUUGGAAGGCUGGUUCUUUGCAGCGGCUGGUGCUUAACAAUAAUCAGCUGAGGGGAACGAUUCCGAAGGAGAUUGGAAACCUCACAGCUCUCUCGGUUCUGAAUUUGAAUUCCAAUUUCCUGGAGGGAUCGAUCCCUUUUGAGCUAGGGAACUGUGGCUCCUUGACCACAUUGGACCUUGGAAACAACCGGCUCAAUGGUUCGAUACCCAAUCAGCUAGCUGAUUUGGGUCAGCUCCAGUGCCUGGUGCUGUCUCACAACAACUUAUCAGGACCCAUUCCUUCCAAGCCUUCAUCGUACUUUCGAGAAGCGAAUGUUCCUGACCUGAGCUACCUUCAACACCGUGGCGUACUUGAUCUGUCAUACAACAUGUUGUCCGGUCCGGUUCCGGUGGAGUUUGGUAAUCUUGUGGUAGUAGUUGAUCUCCUGCUCAACAACAACAUGCUCUCAGGUGAAAUCCCAGGUUCUCUUGCUGAGUUGACUAACCUCACCACAUUGGAUUUGUCUGGGAAUCGGUUGUCCGGUUCGAUUCCAGCUAAAUUCGGACGAUGUUUCAAGCUUCAAGGUCUGUACAUUGGGAACAAUCUGCUCUCAGGAACUAUUCCUGCUUCUUUGGGUGGAUUGGGAAGCUUGGUGAAGCUGAAUUUGACAGGGAAUCAGUUGCAUGGUUCUGUUCCAACAAGUUUUUCCAACUUGAAAGAGCUCAGUCAUAUGGAUCUAAGCUUCAACGACCUAGAUGGCCAGCUGCCUUCAACUCUUCCAGAAAUGCUGAACUUAGUAGGGUUGUUUGUUCAGCACAACAGAAUUUCUGGCUGUCUGGACCAGUUCCUCUCCAAUUCUGUUUCUUGGAGGAUCGAAACGCUGAACCUAAGUCACAAUAUGAUCAAUGGAGAACUUCCAGCAUCCAUAGGAAAUCUCUCCUUCCUGUCCCGUCUGGAUCUCCAUGGAAACAUGGUGACAGGUUCUAUUCCUCCUGAGAUAGGGAAUCUUCUGCAGCUUGAAUACUUGGACUUGUCAAUGAAUCGACUUUCCAACCAGAUUCCGUCCAAUGUUUGCUCCCUCUCCAAUCUCCUCUACCUGAACAUGGCACAGAACAGCUUGGAAGGUCCAGUCCCCAAAGUUGGGAUUUGCUCAAACCUCUCAAAGGUUUCACUUCAAGGCAACAACAAACUCUGUGGAGGAGUCCUAGGCACCCAUUGCGAAAUCAGCAGAAUAAAAAAGUCAUCACUCCUGAUAUGGUUGGUUUCUGGGUUAGCAAUUGGAUUCACCAUUCUCAGCCUGACAAUCGCCUUCUGCCUACGACAAUGGGUCACUUCAGGCAGCAGGCGAAGCAAUGCUGAGGAAAUUGAAGUGAGCAAGCUGGACAGCUUGAUCGAUCAAAACCACCUCUACUUCCUCAACAGCAGCAGAUCAAGGGAGCCAUUGAGCAUCAAUGUGGCCAUGUUCGAGCAGCCGCUUCGGAAGCUGACCUUGGGAAACAUCCUGGAAGCCACCAACAACUUCAGGGAGACCAACAUAAUCGGUGAUGGCGGGUUUGGCACGGUCUACAAGGCCACACUCCGAAACGGUAACAAAGUAGCAGUGAAGAAGCUGAGUCAAGCAAAAGCACAGGGGGACAGAGAAUUCGUUGCUGAAAUGGAAACCUUAGGGAAGGUCAAGCACCAGAACCUUGUUUCUUUGCUCGGCUACUGCUCAUUUGGUGAGGAGAAGCUGCUGGUCUAUCAAUACAUGGUGAAUGGCAGCUUGGACAUGUGGCUUAGGAACAGAACUGGCAGGCUGGAAGUGCUUGAUUGGAACAAGAGGCUCAAGAUUGCAGUGGGUUCAGCUCGUGGGCUGAAGUUCCUCCACCAUGGAUUCCACCCCCAUAUCAUCCACAGAGACAUCAAGGCCAGCAACAUACUCCUGAACGAGGAUUUCGAGCCCAAAGUCGCAGACUUUGGCCUCGCGAGGCUGAUCAGCGCGUGCGAGACCCACGUCAGCACCGAGAUCGCAGGCACCUUGGGUUACAUUCCCCCAGAGUACGGCCAGAGUGGUAGGUCGACAAAGAAGGGCGACGUCUACAGCUUCGGGGUCAUCCUGUUAGAGCUUGUGACGGGGAAGGAGCCCACAGGACCUGAUUUCAAAGAAGUAGAAGGUGGUAACUUGGUGGGGUGGGUUUUGCAGAAGAGGAAGAAAGGGGAAGCUGUGGAGGUCCUCGAUCCAGCAGUGGUGCAUGGGGACUGUGAAGGUGCAAUGCUUAAGGUUCUGCAGAUUGCUUCUGUGUGCUUGGCUGAGAACCCAGCUAGAAGGCCAACUAUGGAGGAAGUGUACAAGUUGUUGAAAGGGGUUUGAUCUUGGUUUGACUGAACUUCUGUAAGAAUAAGUAGAUAGGUUUAACAAAGAUUGUAGACGAAGACAUGAAGUUUAGUUGAACUUGUACCGAAUACUACUAAUCCCCAUCAGUUUGCUAAUAUAAUUUACAGAAGUUUGAUAACAAUGUGUUCUGGUUUAAGCUGUUUGUUUUUGCUUUGAUAGUAGGAAGCAGUGUGUUGAAUGAAUCUGUAGAAAGUGU